AUGGAGACAUCUGGAAACUACAGCAGCCCAUAUGUCAGAGUGGCUCCCAGGCUCCUAGCCCAGCUGCAGGAGUUAGAGCCCCGUGUGUUGCGGAGACGCCUGUCUCAGGCCCGGCACCGUGCAACGCUGGCCGGACUCUUCAACAGCCUUAGGAGAACGGUUUUUUCUCAGUCUGAUAGUACAGCAUCAAAGUGGCAGGUUUUGCGCAAGGCGAAGCAUCACAUUCAGGAACUGGAGCAAACAUUGGAUAAUUUGCUGAAGAUGAAAGAAUCCUUCAACCUGGAGGAUGGAAAUGCAUCCACUUUAGAGGAGGUCAGAGAAGAGUAUGCCAGGAUGUACUCCAACAACCACAGCAUGACACCAGAAACCCUGGCUGAGAAUGGUUCCGAAAUCUGGUAUCUGAUCCAAGAGUUUGACAGAGAAGUUGUGGAGGAAGAAGAAGAAGAGAGAAGGGGUGAACUCUCCCAGUCAUCCCCUGUGACCUCAUCGCCGGACCUAGUGGAAUUCGAAAGGUACCUCUAUUUUUACAAGCAGACGGUGGGCCUCCUGAUCGAGAACGGGGUGGUCUCCCCGGAGCAGGUGACGCUGCCCAUCGUCUCCACCGCCAUCUCCCACGUGUGGCAAGAGCUUCCGGAAGACAAGAGAGAGAGCAUCCUGCAGGCCUGCGCUCAGAUUCAGAGCGACUUCGCGGAAGCCGAGGCUGCCUGCGCGGAGCCCCCCAGCGCGGCCGAGGACAGCGUCAAGGACAGCGGCGUAGGCAGCCAGGAGGCCGCCGGGUCCUUGGUCUCCACCCCCGAGGAGAUCCUUUUUGAAGAUGCUUUUGACGUGGCUACAAGUGUGUCCAGUCCCAGCUCGGAGUUUGCAGGUUGCAGUGCAGAAAAUCCAGAGGAAAACGAUCACCUCUACAUACAGAUCAUCAGUUUCCUAAAAGGCCUUUUCUAUGCCAACACCCAGUUGCCACAGGAAACGAUCAUCUUACUGGACGAUGAGACGGUGAUGCUGCGGUGCACCGAGACCUUCGAUGAUGAAGACCUGUAA